UCGGCGGGCUACCGCAGCUCCUGCCCUCCUCUUCCACCAGAUCCCCCACCCAAGAUCCCAGACCACCUCAGCUUAUCUUCCUUCUUGCAAUCAGUCUGCAACGCCGAAGUCCCCAUCGCACAAGUCAUCCUGAACUCGCGAGCUCCUUUGUUGCCUAACUUUGGGUUCCCGUGCACACUCCAGCUGCAGGCUCUCCGAAUUCGCAAAUCCGGAUUUUUCGGUGUCGAGUGACGUACAGUACGCCAUAAGCGAAAGCUUGCGAUACUACUCCACCGUUCCAGCCCUUUGCGCCGUGAUUCUACGCUACAGCGAGCUCGAAGUACGCAGCAGUGACUAUUGCAGAAGCUCGAAUCGCAAUCUACCACCUCCGGCUCCCGAGAACCACCGACAAGAUGAUGUCUGGCGAAGCAUGGCUUUUCCUGCUGGCCGUGUUGAUCAACGCGGUCAACCUGUUCCUCCAGGUUUUCUUCACCAUCAUGUAUAGCGAUCUGGAAUGCGACUAUAUCAACCCUAUCGAGCUUUGCAACCGUCUCAACACGUACAUUAUUCCCGAAGCUGCUGUCCACGGUUUCCUCACUUUCUUGUUCCUCAUCAAUGGUUAUUGGCUGCCGUUGAUCCUGAAUCUGCCGCUUCUGGGCUGGAACAUCAAGAAGAUCGUCGACAACACCCACCUACUGGACGCGACUGAGAUUUUCCGCAAGCUGAAUGUUCACAAGAAGGAGUCAUUCGUCAAGCUUGGCUUCCAUCUGGUCAUGUUCUUCUUCUACCUCUACAGCAUGAUCGUUGCGCUCAUCCGCGACGAGUCCUCGUAAAUCCGGCGACGCUUAGUCAACGCGCUCUAUCCUGUCCUGUGAUGCGGAAACAGGACAUCAACUAUUACGAUCGAUGACGAAAAGAUGGGCUAUAUAGGUCGCUUUGUUGGAAAUGAGCACUGGGAGUCGAUAAGGGGACCGCAUGGGUUGCAAUUGGUGAAUAGGUUCAGCGCAACUCGGUUUAGGAGAGACGCGGCUCUGUGCCACAUGUGGGCACUGCCGUAGUACACGGCGCGUUUUUGGCGUUGGGGCUUCAUGUAGCGCAUGACUGCGAAGUGGCACCUGCUUCACUGUAGGGCAAUGUGUCUUCCCAGCUGGAGCUUUUGAUUUGAGAGGACAGAUUGAUGAAUUGCCAAUUUGUGCCUCGUGGUUAGGUGGAUUCUCGGACCGUAAUGGCCAUGCUAGUUGGGACAGCCUGGAUGUUACUCUUGCGAGGCCAUAAUACUUAUUGACACAUUCACCCUCCAAAUAUCAACAGUUCAUGUCUGAUAUCUACAUC